AUGCAUAUAUAUUUCAUGGGUCUUCCUCUCAUUUCUCAUAGAAUGAUGAAACACUGAUUUAGAGAGAGAGAGAGAGAGAGAGAGAGAGAAUUUAGUUAGUGGAUUUGUGCUUUUGGGUAGCGUGAUUGAAAGAAUGCAACCUUUUAAAUCUCUAGGGCGUGUCCUGAUUGCUUAUAUUCUUCUCUUACAUGUACCAUUUCCACCAUAUGCGGCAUCACCCUCAUCCACUGAGGACAUCAUUGGACAUUCACCAAGCAUCCACAAGAACAAAGAAGCAUUCCAAGAUAAGUUGAGUCAUCAAAUGACAUAUAACAUCAAAAUUCAUGGGCUUCUCUUAUGGGUUUCCAUGGGAUUUUUAAUGCCAUUGGGGGUUCUUUCAAUUAGAAUGGCCAAUAAAUUCAACGACAGUGGAAGAAAGGUGAAAGUGUUCUUCUGUCUUCAUGCCAUUUCCCAGGUACUGGCAGUGCUCUUGGCAACAGCAGGAGCCAUAAUGUCCCUGAGAACCUUAGAGAACUCCUUCGACAACACUCAUCAACGACUUGGCUUAGCUCUUUAUGCUGCCAUGUGGCUCCAAUUCUUGACCGGAGUUUUCAAGCCUUCCAUAGGGAGCAGGAGGAGGAUCAAAUGGUACAUUUUGCAUUGGAUGAUGGGUACAAUAGUAUCAGUAGGGGGAAUAGUAAACAUGUACACAGGCAUAAGAGCAUACAAACACAAGACAUCAUCAAGAGAUUCGAGCAUAUGGGCAUUGCUCUUCACAGUUGAGAUCUCUUGUCUUGUCCUCUUCUAUCUCUUUCAAGACAAAUGGGAUUACUUUCAAAAGCAAAGGGAAGCUGUUCAUGACAUCCCAAACCCUAAUGGGAGUGACCAAAUCAUUCAAGUGGUGACAACAAGUGAUGACCAAAAGAUGUUUGUUCCUCAGCCAAGUUCCAAAACCAAUGCCCUCUUCAAUCUGUUUGAAUAGAAAACCGGUUCUAAUUGGUCGGCUUUGAACAAAAAACCCUGUGGUAGAUUGCAUUCUUUUGUGGACUUUUGUUUUGGUUUUGGAUUUGUUAAUUAGGAACUUUUUCAUACU